AUGCAGAUCUUUGUGAAAACGUUAACUGGUAAAACGAUAACGUUAGAAGUUGAGGCAUCGGAUACAAUCGAAAAUGUGAAAGCAAAAAUUCAAGAUAAAGAAGGAAUUCCACCUGAUCAGCAAACAUUGUCGGAUUAUAAUAUUCAAAAGGAAUCAACAUUGCUCCGUGGCGGUAUGCAGAUUUUCGUGAAAACUUUAACGGGCAAAACAAUAACGCUUGAGGUGGAAGCCUCCGAUACAAUCGAAAAUGUGAAGGCAAAAAUACAAGAUAAAGAGGGAAUACCACCAGAUCAACAACGCCUUAUUUUUGCAGGUGAGUAG